AUGGGCAACGCACAGAAGGCGCAGCAUGCACUUGGGGUCUUUUGCUUGCUGCUGUCAGCUGCCCAGUUCGCUCUCACGGAGGCACAGGGGGCAGCCACUGCGGCCCACGCGCAGUCUCGCGAGAACCAGUGGACCACUGCUGCUGCAGGGUGGCCCGAUGGCUCCAGGCCGGGGUUCGACUCCCCUGCUGCUGCUGCUGCUGCUGGCCACCAGGGAAGCGACGCAGCCACUUCUGCUCAAAGCGGCAGCUACAAGAAUUCUUUCGGGGGCAGUCUGCCCCUGCCUGGGCAUUCAGCGCCGCACCUGGCAGCAAACAGAAGGCCCCCAAGGGGAGAAUCAAACGGGGCCGAUGCUGUGUGCUCCACAGGCAAGCGAACUGCAGCAGCAGCAGCAGCAGCAGCAGCAGUUGUGCGUAGUUCUUUUGAACUUGAAUUUGCGCCUUGGCUGCGGCUGGCGUUUGACUGCGCGCUGCGGCGCGUAGUGGCCUUCGGCGUGCGGGACCAUUUGGUGGACAAGUACAAAUUGCCCAUGGUGCCUCUGGACGUUUGCCAGAGCGAAGUGCUGCUGGACGUGGAGCAGUGCAUUCCCGUGGACUUCAUGGACAAGUUUCCCUCCGACACUCUGAUAGAGCGGGAAAGCCCAGAGGCGGGGCUGGGGGAGUGGCGGGCUGCGCAGGUCGUGAGGCAGAAACAGCUGCUGGUGGGCACCAUGGACUUCAGCGUGUUUCCGCAGCUGGCCGCAGACCAGGGCUACACCGCGGGCUUCUACCCCGAACUGGUGCAGGCGGUGGCGCAGGAGCUGACUGUGAUAGUGCUGCAGAACCCGGGGCUGCGGCGGGAGCUGGUGGGGGAGCGCGAGCUGGACAUCAGCAUUCUGAACCAGUCCUUCAGCAAGCGCGUGCAGGACAUAAAGGCUGCAGUGGCGCAAGAGCUGCUGAUUGGCACUGCAUGCAGCGAAGAGGCGAACAGCCCCGCGGGCCACGGGCUGCAGCAGGUGGCCGCGGCCGGCAGGGGGCCCAUAGGCCACGGCGAGGCUCUGGGGGGGGAGGGAAACUUGCCGUGGCAAGACACGCUGGUCUGCGGGGAUGUCAGUGGCUCUGCUUCGACGUGUCAGUUGCACGGCUGCCUCUCCCCGUGGGGAGAAGUCCCCAAGGAGUUCCAGAUCGCAGUCACCCACGUCAAGUUCAGCACCCCCAUGAACUUGGUGGCGGCGGUCCACCGCGGCGAAGUCCACAUGACGGAUGUAGGCACCAUCGCCUCCGCCUACCUUCCAGAGAAAUACAACUUCCUGCCGCUCAGAGAAGUGCUGGAGCCCUCCUGCACCGUCGGCGCCUGGAAGAGCUUCUUCUUGCUGCGGGACCCAGCCAGUCGCCGCCGCCGCGGCCGGCGCCAGGCUUCCGCCGACCCUGAACAGCAAAACUUCGCCAGGAGUGCAGCGGGAACUUCUGACAAGGGAGGAGUAAACGUUUUGGGCUCGACGCUCGGCUGGUCGGGAGGGGUCAGCGGCGGCAGAGGGAGCGUGGGGAGAAACACCAGCCCUGGAAAGAGCCACCCUGGGGGCGGCGGAAGCAAGGAUAUUUCGAAGGAUAGGCGACACCAACGGCCGGCCGGCGUGUCAGAGUCCACAAACCUAAUGAACCGAAUGGAAAGCUGGGAGGAACGCAUGCGACGGACGCGCAGCCUUUUCUUCAAGCUGUAUGGAGUGCAGACAGAAGCGGCCGCUACGGGCAACAGCCAGCACGCCUCAGCCUCCGUCAGUCCAGCUGGCGCUAACUCGAUUGGCCCCAGCCGCAGCGCAGACACUGAAACUGCGUUUGAAGAGAAAACUCUUGUCAAACUUCAAGCUGUUGACCACUUUCUGUAUUCGUACUUGUUCCCUCAAGAGUUCAGGAUAUCCAGUGUGAGAAAACUAACUGACUUGUCAUCCGUCUUGAGUGAUGGGGAGCCAGUGGGAGCAUUUGGGACGACGGAGUUGUGGAGUUUCCAGGACCCCUUGUGCCUUUAG